CUCGUUACUGCAACAAGCGGGGAAGGUCUUGGUUCUGGUGGAAGCCAUUGGGGAAGUUAGACGUAGCGGUGGAAUAGUACAAGUACAAAUUGGACCUUUUCGUUGUUACCAAAACUAUUAGCUGGAUGCUGUAAUUUUUAAGUUGAUUGUGUGUUUGAUUUAGUAGACUUUGUGUACAUUUUAUGGGAAAUCCUCUAUAAGGUUGAAAUGUCGUCAUCUGAAAGAGUUUAUUCUGUGAACCUCGAGAAAAUCAUAAACGACUACACAUGGAACAGAUUCCGUAAGACCAAGCACCUGCUCCGUCGGCCAUUUUGCAGGAAAAGCAAUUAUUACAUAGACAUCAACUGGGGCUACGCAGACUUCAAGCACGACACUGUUAGGUUUGACAUCCGCCCUUACAGUACAAUUGCACUACCAGGGGAAAUAGCCACCGGAAGUGCAGAGGCUAGUCCCAGCAAACAGCAAGGCGUGGACAAGGACGGGAAUAAAAAUGUGGUCCUUUACAAAUCCAAAUACGAGAAUAGGACACCACUAGAUCAACAGUACACGUUCACGACAACACGUGAGACAAAGGCAUCAUGUAAUGUUGAAUUCCAAGAAACAUACACAAAGGGGGCCGAGUGUAACAUCGAGAUCAAGGUCCCAGGCGACAUCGUCACAAUAGGGGCGGGCCUGAGUGGGGAGUUGUCAGUCACUAAAACAAAGAGUGAGACGUUCGAGGAAACGAUAACGUGGGAGGUCAACACCCAAAUAAACGUGGCCAAAGGUCACACGGCCGAGGCAACGGUGGUCGUGUCGGAACGAAACAGCAUGGCUGACUUCGAAGUUAAAUCGACAAUGUCACUUCCGGACGGAAAGGACAUGCCCGUCUCUGUUCGGCGCAUCUCGGACGACGCAAUUGUAUACACGGAUAUUAUAAACGACCUUGCUCCUGUGUUUUCAGAAGUGGCCAAGGAAAAUCCGAACGUGGAACUUGUGAAGUGGAAAGACCAGAAACGAGGCAUGUUGCGAUCCAACGUCAUCUUAACUACCCACGGCACGUGUAAAAGUGUGUCAUGGAAAAAUCAGAAUGUGCAUGUAAACUCUACAGCCAUAGUAAACGAAGAUCCUGAUUCCACUUUAGCAGAAGAUGGCGAUGAAACGUGAACGGAUUGCUCUUUGAGCUUUUGUGAUAACGGGCCUAGCUCAUGUAACACCACGCGUCUAUAUUUGUGACGUACAGUUGUAUACAUACUAUUUCUUAUCGGCUGCCAGAUAGCUGAAUUAUUCUACUUCUCUACCCCUCUAUGGUUACACACCAGGGAUUUACGAUCAGCUACAUACUUGAUUGCAGGCUUCGUUUUUCAUUUGACCAUACAUCUUAAAGUGGUCUUUUAGAAAUGAUUGUAGUCACCGCUUUGAUUUUUCCAUUGUAAACUAGUGUGCUAGUUACUCGUAUAACUAAAUCGGAGAAUUUUCCAGGAACGAAUUGUGCCUUCGUCCUCCAUAACCACUGUUUGGAUAUAGAUACUGAUAUGAUCAUUUACCGCUAACAUUAAAAGCAUUCCCUAAUUGUCAGUACGAAAGCCUCCGUUGAUCAGACAAAUCUCAGUCCUUCCAAAGUAACGUAUCAAGUACUUGUGUGUGCUGUAGUCAACCUCAGGUUGUCGGUGCUAUGACUUUCUGGGGGAAAUACUGAUACCAUGUUACGCCCCAAACAGACAUGAAGGCUGUUUUAUAAAUCUGACUGAGGUAACAUGAACACUUCCGUUAUUGCUGCUGAUGUAUAUGAACAAUUAGGCUUUAUGACAGUAGUAGUGAAUCUAUAAGAACAGUGGAACAACAAUGUAGUUUAACAUUUCGUUGACGCUUUAUUUUUUACUUUAUAUCUAAUAAAUGGAAAUAAAUUUUUAUGACGUUA